GCUGAUUCAAUAAAUAAGGCUAGCUAACUUCCUAAUCUGAACUAUUUGUGACAAUUACAGCGUGUCUGUUCUGCCUCUCAGAUGUUUCGGAACAUUGCAUUUCGAGCUGAGCUUGAUCGCCAUAUCACACCAGAAUGUGAAGACCAGGCUCGCAUAUUGUGUGGAGAGGUUCCUGCAGAAAGAAAUAAUAAAAUUGAAGAAUUACGGAAAAUGAUCCUCGAGAGAGGUGAAUGCAAUCCGCCUCGGCUAGACGAUGUGUUCCUGUUGCGUUUCUUGAGAGCGCGCCAAUGCAUACCAGCUAGAGCACACCGCCUGAUGGUACGUUAUUGCACUUUCCGGGAACAGAACCCGCACCUGUGGCGCGACGUGUACUGGUACGGGCUGGCUCGACUGGGCAACGUGUACGAAGGCGUGCUCUACGACAGACCAGACGUCGGCAGACUGAUCAUAGGGAGACUAGGGCUUUACGAUCCAGACAAAUUCAGCCCUGAUGAAUUGAUCAGGGGUUGUCUCUUACUCCUGGAGGUGGGCAUCAUGCAGCCGAAGCUCCAGGUGCUGGGUGGCACUGCCCUCGUGGACUGCGAGGGAACGACCUUGAAGCAAAUGCGGCAACUGACGCCCUCUCUUGUAACGCAGGCUAUGAGUGUUAUGGGGUAUGCGUUCCCGCUGCGUCAGAUAGGGGUUCACAUCGUAAACUGUUCAGGGCUCAUCGAAAAGCUGUUCUUCUUGUUCAAGCGACUGGCGCCAGCUGAUGACUUGUGGAAGAGAGUCUAUUUCCAUGGGUGUGACUACACCUCACUGCACAGAUACAUAGAGCCCGAAUGUCUACCGCGACGGUACGGAGGUCAGCGGGAGUCAGUGUCGCUCGGAGAGUGGUUGACAGCCAUCAAGUAUUACAGGGAUGAAGACUUUGAUAAGGACAUGAGCAGCAUCGGAUACGCCGUGUGA